CCCUUAGAAAAUGCAUCCUUUUAAAAAGUGUGGCUUUCAUAUUUAGAGGACUAAUAACAUUCCCUGAGUAAAAUGUAGUUUGAUAAAUAGGGUUCGGAAAUCGUUUUUAAGUUUUGAACUAUUGUGCCCAUUUUAGGGCAAAAAGAACUUUUCGCGAAUUCUAACUAAAACAUUAUCUAAAACCGAGGAUUUGGGUGGGAAGUUAAAGAUUUUUUGCCAUUUUUAGGAGAAAUUCAUGAAAACUACAUUCCAACCUUGUCCUACAAAACCUGACGGAUGAAAAAAAAAUCGAAUUUCAAAUUUUUUUCGAUUCCUAGCAAGUUCCUUUAUCUUGAUCAUGUCGUCCUAAGAACAUAUAAGUCUUUGCUAAGCAUGAGACACUAAUUUGGGACAAUCCUGUUUCUCAUGAUUUCAAUCAGCUUCUUUUUCCUCGUAAAAAGCAAUUUUCUAUACUCUAGCGGGUUCAUGAGCAGUGCCAUUUUCUUCGACAAUUAUCAUGGCACGUGGCGAUUUCAGUCAUUUCGAAGCAGUGGCAACUUCCUUCUCUUGAAGACAUCGAACCCCAAUCAACUCCCUUGGGACGGCACUUGUGGUAUCCUGGUGGGAAUAGUUCUAUUUGUAAUCUCGAACUGGAUGAAAGCAUUUCUUUGACGUUGUCGAUUUGUAAAUCUGAUGAAUAUACCUGCAAUUCAGGUUCAUGCGUGCCUUUAAGCUCACGUUGCAACACUGCUGUUGAUUGCAAAGACAAAUCGAACGAAUAUGGAUGUUCUUAUUUGAGGAUUGGCAAUGAUUACUCAAAGACCUCAAUACCCAGAGCCACAAGUGGUGGACCUCUAAUCAUUCACAUGAAUGUCUCCGUCCUUGCGUUUCCCAAACUCGACUCUUUUCAUCUGAAAUUCACUGCAGACUUCUUUUUGAAUUUACGGUGGAAUGACAAUCGCAUCUCGUUUCGAGAUCUAAACGAAGCUAGUUUGUUGAACUCUCUAGGUGGAGAAGAUAUUUUAAAAGUUUGGACCCUCAUUUAGUGUUCUUCAACGCUCUCGGGCCGUAUACCACCGUUGUCGAUGGCAAAACUAGUAUGAGACUCCUUAUGGAAGAUGAACCAUUGUUGGAGGACAUGACACAAUCAAUCGAGGCAUUGUUAUUUUCUGGUGAGACCAAUUCCAUUAUCAUGACUCGAGAAUAUUAUCAGGACUAUUCAUGCCAAUUCGACCUGCGAUAUUAUCCAUUUGACUCUCAGGUCUGCAAACUUUUGUUCGACGUACAAGGAUUGCCAGAUCAAUACACCAUCUUAAAGCCAGAUCAUAAUGGAGUGGAAUUCAUAGGAACCAGAAGUCUGGUUGAAUUUGAUAUUCUGCUGGAACGUUUAGAGGUCUUUUCUGUCAACAAUAUAAGUGAAGCCGAGGUCAAAUUUGUGUUUCGCCGCCGAAUGGAGUUCCACGUGACCAACACGUUUCUUCAGACAUUCAUUCUUAUUGGAAUUGGAUUUAUGUCAUUAUACUUUGAUGUGGACAAUUUUUCCGAUCGGAUCAUGGUGACACUAACAACCAUGCUCGUGAUUGCCACAAUCACGGCCUCAAUUCAAGCAAGCCUACCAAAGACAUCAUACUACAAAUUGAUCGAUUGGUGGCUCCUAUUCUCGUUGAAUGCUUUGGUUCUCACAAUGUGUUUCCACACCGGGAUUGCCCAUCUCUGUUACAAGGCUAAACGAGCUGCAUCACCAGCCUUGAUAAUCAAAGGCUAUCGAAGUAAAUCGGCGUCCAAUUUGAUUUCCCCUCCGAAAGUGAACUCUUUAGUCAACUCCGGUUUCCCAAAUGAAGACUUUCGGAGACACUUUUAUUACAGACGAGCCCACCGAGUGAACUUUUGGGGAAAAGUGGCUUUUGUGGCCUUGAUUUUGACCUUCAAUGUGGCGUUUUGGUACUCAGCCUUGACCGAAUAUUCGCGACCUCCUUCAGAUCUUUUAUGAAAUGGUUGGGAGCAUUGAAAUAUUUCAUUUACACUGUUUCAGUGGCGCCAUCAUGGAUUUGUUAGAUAGUUGAUUGGUAAAUUUAGCAAAAUGGAAAAGUAUGUUUUCCAUGAUUUCAUCAGAAAAAUUAAUAAAGAACAAAUUGUCGUCAUAUGAGAUAUCCUCUGUGAGCAAUUUUUCGAGACUUCGUUAAUCUUGAAAAAUAAUCAAACAAAAACUAAUUUACGUUCCAUCUCAUGUACAUAAAGACCGGAACUCCUUGUUGAAAGUCUGUUGUAGUUAAUGUUCCUAUCAAAUUCAUUUUUUUCUACAUAUCCGUUCCACCCUUGGGUUCUUCUCUCUAAAGCUCAUCGUACCAGACCUUUAAAUAUAUCUGUUCCGUGCUUUUUUACUGU